AUGUCAAAUCAACCACCCCCUCCUUUUGGUGGCCACCCAAGCUUCGCACAACAGUGGCCACCAUUUCCUGCGAUGAUUCCUCCAAAUUUCGCCCCAAACUCUGAAUCGCCAGCAACAGCGCCUCCACCCCUGGCCCAUCCUUCGCAGGCAUUUGAAUACAAUCUGGCUAGUGCCAAUGCCAACUCGCAUAUCCCAGUUACGGGCAACUCUGGCGAUCCGGGCAUGUCUCUACCUCCUCACUUCCCAUUCAUGAGUCAGAUUGAUCUAUCGCAAUUUGUACCGCCUUUUCCCCAAAUGCCAAUGCCACCAUUUGGGUUUCCACCCAUGCCGGCGCCACCAGGACCCUCCACCGUUCUGUCAGGAUCCAUGAAAUCCGACAGGGCCGGCGCAAACAAUCCUUCGGGCUCUCAGCGUCGAGUAAGAGAUGCCCAGAGCCCGUCAGACUUAAAUCGCGAAGAGGGUGAGGUUAGUGAAGGCGAGGUCGAGGAACAUGUCAAUGCGGGUCCGAGUACAAAGGCCAAAGCGAGCCAUACAUCUGCUGCUCAGCCAUCGAGCUUAGAAGAGGGAGAAACUCUGUCUUCACCAUCGUCAACUUCUACCAGGAGUAGCUCACCUUAUAAUCCCCCUCUGUUGGUGUCUGCGGACGUAGAUGUGGUCAAUCGCGCAAUUGAACUUCAGAAACAAGAUGCAACUACGACUGUACCAGAUAUCUCACCACCUUCCAGGACUGCAUCGCAGCUCCGUGUUCAAGCACAGGGGGCUCUGCUUAGCCUAGCGCCUCACAACAUCCGGUAUCACGAGUUGGUGGCAGAGGGCAUCAAUCCUGCCAUCUUGAAACAACUCUACGAAGAGGUCGGUAUUAGAGUUUCAACUCCUCAGCCUGCCAAACCAGCACCUGUGGCCCCUGCCGAGAAAGUCGCGAAACUCAAACCUUCUGUCCAACCCAAAGGAAAGAAGCAGGCAACACCAUUGGAUGAAAGCAAUGUUCCACAACAUCCUGCUCCUAGAGCCGCUUCAUCAGAUGCCGGGAAACCCAUGGAGAGAAAAGAACUCAUUGCUAAAAUGCUUGCUGCCAAAGCUGCCAAGGCUUCUCAGCCCACUACACCAAAAGAUGUUUCAGAACAGAGCCAACCAGCGGCAGCUGCACCUAGUCCGUCGAUUACUCCUUCUAAUGAAAAGGCCAGUGAGAACGGAACCCCUGUGAGGGAGAAGAACAAGGCUCAAACUGAAUUGGCGCGACAGCGCAUCGAGGCUCUCAAGAAGCAAGCAUUACUAAAGAGCCAGCAAAGGGCCCAACAGCUCAGCCAGUCUUCCCAGGAGGACAGGCCUUUGACACCUUCGAAUCAUGCUGCACCGGCCGUUCAUCACCCACUGCCUGUCCGCCCACCUGCUCCUCAACCUUCUGAAACCGCUGGCCUCCCAGGCCUUUCCCUCACCGAGCCAACCCCAGAUGUGGAACUGCAAGCUCCUAGUGGAGGGCCAGCGGGAAUCGCAGUUGACUCGACGCCACUGGCUAGAGCCAAUCAGCGGAAACGACCCCGUGCAUCCGACUUCGACGAUGCAGGCGCCACCCAAAAGAAAUAUUUCCAAGCAGCAGCCCCGUAUACUAGUCCUGAUUCAGAUAAACUCAUCAUUCAUAUCAGUGACGACGAAUCUCUGUACGGAGAUGAUGAAGGCGAGGAUAUGGAUGUGGAUUCUAGUCCUGAUCAGGAUUCUGCACCUGCGACCAUCAGCACACCUCUUGAAAUUCCUCGGCCUCUACUUCAGAGAUCUUUUCCAGGCACAAGGACUUCUACGUCCACUCCGCAAGGUUCUAUACGUCAUGGCGAUCAAGAGCAAAUGCGUCAGAAGAAUCUCGAAAUUCAAGCUCUACAUCGAAAAAUUGCAGAGAUGGAGGAGCGACGGAAAGCAAAGCUUGCCGCGAGCCGAACUCAAUCCCCGCGCAUUGUGGAAGAUUCUGCUGCUUCUUCAUCAGCUCCGGCCUCUGCUGCUGCGUCUACCGACCGUGCUGAGACACCACCUGCGCCCCCACACACCGAUGUCAAAGAAGCAGAUGAGGCAAGCAUCACACCCAGGCCGCCUCUUGCUGUCCGGCCUAAUGAGAUUGAUUCUUUCAAUCCGUCUUCGGUGAGAGUCUUGGCUUUGAUGGACAGUGUACAGUUGGAUACGAUCAGGCGCAAGAUCUUGCGCAUCAAGGAGAUCGAGCAAGACCUUCCCGACUUGGAUGCUGAAACUGUCUCCUUGGAUUCCCAGCUUAUUUCGUGCAAAGAAGAGGCUGACAAGUUGUUGUCCGCUGUCGCGGACGAAAAGGAUGGACGACUUCAACUCAUUGAUGAGCUGAAGAAUUUAAGCUGCGAGAUCAGUGGCUUGACGAUGGCGGAUAUGGAUGAACUCCGUCGGCAGGCGCAGUUGAAGGUGCAACAUCUUGCCCCACUAGAAGUAUCAGCAGUCACACCGCCAGCCGCAGGUGCAGAGGAUGUCGCGAUUCCAGAUGCAGAUGUUCCAGCAAUUCAUUCUUCUGAAUCAGACUUUUAUGCUGAUGAGCCCACAAACAUUGAUACCGUGAACGGCUCACAUGAGGCCCCGGCACCGUCACAGCCCGAUGCCACCACUUCUGUCUUGGAUGAGUCUGAGGAUCACUUCAGCUCUGGCGACUCCAGCUCUGAUGACUCCGGUUCUAGCGACUCUAGCUCUGAUGAAUCUGGUUCUGACGAAGAUUCCCCUAGCGAGGAAGAACUUGACGAUUCUGAAGCAGAGAGCAUAGCACAGUCGGCUCAGAUGGCAGACGACGACCAGAUGCAAAUUGACACUCUAGGCCAUCCUCUACCCGAUCGCCCUCUCCACCCUCCAGUUGAAGGCGCUGAAGAUGAGGCUGAAGAGUACGAACCCACUGAUCACAAUGGCCAGGAGGGUGAUCUCUCUGAUGCCGAAUCUUCUCCGGAGUCAGAAGCUUAUGAACCUCCUGAGCCGGACACUGAUGCAGACUCGUCUCACUCGGCCUACAGCCCGCCUCCCCCUGCUCCCUUGGAAGAUGCUGCGGAUGGAGAGCCUUUGCUUGAUGUGCCCCCGAUUGAAGAACCACUAACAGAAGCCCCUCGGGUGUCCUUUCUAGAGGCGCGGCCAGUAUAUCAGGGUUCGGAUGCGGACAUCCUCGGUGCUAAACCCUCCUCCUACACCUCAGUGCCCAAAUUCUCUCCUUACGUCAGUCCAUUGCGAUACUUCAAGGCCUAUCGCUACCACCCUCGCUACACGGACGAGGUUUCGGACGGCUACCGUUCGCUGACUUACAGCCAUGACAUUGAUCCGAUGAAAUAUCUUUGCCCGUACGAGCUGGCCGGUGGUGUGUGCAAUGAUCGGUCCUGCGAAUUCCAGCAUUUCCGGGACAUGAAUCUAAGCGAUGACAAGAUUCUGAUCCAAAUGGGAUCCAUCCGGGAAGGACAAACCGAGGAAGAAAAAGAAACCUACCUUGCUGGGUUGAAAGAGAUCAUCAACGAGAUGCGGCGUGACAAGGUGAAAGAUUUCAGCACUGUGGCUUCUGAGAUAGCCGCAUACCGUAGGCGCUUUCUCCAAGACCCAUCGCGUGUCUUGCCCCUGUAA